AAGUAUUUAAUUUUUAUCUGUAUUAUGGGUAUUACAAACGAAACUAAGCUUCCAACUGAAGAGGAAUUGACCGUACAAGAAGUGAAUUUGUCGGGGCCGGCUCUUAAGGCGGCUGCCUUUCACGUAGGAAAAGUUUGCGAAUGGGAAAAUAAUGAAUUCGUACUGUGCCGAGAGGAGACGAAAGAUCCUAGGCAAUGUAUAAACGAAGGUAAAGCCGUGACGUCUUGUGCUUUGAAAUUUUUUCAACAAGUUAAGAAAACUUGCGCCUCGGAGUUUAUGCAAUAUGUAACUUGUUUGGAUAAGUCCAGUCCCGAUCAGCAGUUUACACCGUGUAGAAAAACUCAAGCCGUUUUCGACAAAUGUGUUCUCGAUAACUUGGGUUAUGAAAGGGCGCCAUUUGACUACUUUCCUCGAGUUCAUGUUCAUAAAACUGAGAGACCGAAACCGGAACCAGAGAAACCAACCGUUUAUCCAGAAGCUGUGCCUGGUCUUCCGGAAGAUGCUCCAAAGCCCCCUGCCAAAUACGGAGGAAGAUACAUUUUCCAAUGGUAAAUGGGGGUAUUACUGAAAAAUGUAGUUUCUGCAUCAUUUAGUUUCGUUUGUAAAUAAAUGUUCUUUUACCUUGUCAUUACUUAUUAUGAAUUAAAUAUUAUUAAAAUGUUAAAAUCUAAA